UCAUCCUCUCGUAGGAAAUCGACCAUAAAUCUCAGAAGACACACUAGAAUUGACGACAACUUAGGCGGAGGAUCAUCAACUUUGGAACUUGAAAAACUCGAACAAGAGAUAACGUUAGUUUUACAACAGAUAGAUACCAAUUUAUCAAGGUCAAAUAGCAUUAUAAAUGACAGGUUAUUUCCUAUACUUCGAAAAUAUGCAACCCUGACAUCAGCAGCUUGGAACAAUGUUAGUUUUUGGAAGUAUUUCUUAGAAGAAGCAGCUGAAGUGGAAAUACAAGAUUAUGAUGAGGAUCCAAAGGCAGCUACAGAACGUAAUACAUUAGCAAAUUCGAAAGUGGCUAACUUCAACUCCUCAGAUGAUGAAACUAGCGAGAAUGAAAAAGCGCUUGAACCGCUGAAAAGACCUGUGCUUAAGAAUAUUCAAGCUGGUGAAGAAACCGGUACUUGGACCGCUGAACAGCAGAGAGGAUUAUUGAAGAAUCAGCAAAGCCAAUAUCAAAUCCAAGCAUCCACCCCACAACUAGCAUCUAGACCUUCUCUCAUUGCAGAUCAUGACAAUAAUAAAAAUAUCAUGGGUCCACCAGCCACUGCUAUAAGGUUUGACUCAAAUGAUACUUUUGCGCCUCCUCCCCCAGUGGCUACAUCUAAUAGUCAACCACAGCAAAUGUUUAACACGCUCAUGAAUAACCUAUCCCCUAUAAGAAGAAAUCAAAAUAAUGAACCAAAACAAUCUCACAUAGUUACUCUUGAUAACCAUAGAAAAGUGUUAAUAUCACCAAAGAAAUCAUCCGCUCGUACACAGAUUUUCGAUAACGCUGAUAAUAAAAGAACAUCAAUGAUUCAAAAUUUCAUAAAUUCUUCACCUACUUUACCAGAACCACCAAGAUUACUAUCAGAAAUCGGUAGAAGUUCAUUUGGUAAAAGUGGAGGUAGUAGUAGCAAUGGAGAAAAUCAUGAAAACAUACCAAUUAGCUCAUCAGAUAAACAAUUAAAUAAGUUAUCACCAAUUCAAAUUGGUGAAGUAACCCCAAAUCAUAGGAAAAGAACGAGUAAUGAGGAACUACAAAGAUUUCCCCGAACUCCAAUUUUUUCUUCAGGAGGUAAGAGAACCAGAAUUAGUGGUGCCAAUGAUUUGAAUGUUGAUGUUGACGUGACCAGAACCCCAUUGGGAGUUAGGAUCAGGUAUGGUGAUGAUGACAGCGAUUUACAACCUCCUGAUUUACAGAAUAAACCUUCGGACUUAAUUGAUGCAAACCAAGACCCAGAAGAUGAAGAUGUCCCCCCAUUACCAGAAUUGGAAACUAUAGAGAUACAGAAUAGAAAGAGAAGAGUGGAAGGGUCUCCUACCAAAAAGUCAAAUGGUGAAAGAGAUAAAUUACCUGUAGAUGAUGAUGAGGAAAAUGUAUUUCUUGAAGGCAACUCUCAAACUCAAAAUCAAGAACGUAAUUCUACAGUGUACCAUUCAAUCAUUCAACAGGAAGAAGAAAAUCCAAAAAGGUCCUAUUCAAACUUAUUCCAAGAUCAUAAUGUUAACGAUAAACAAGAUAAUGCUAAA